UGCUAACACGAGAGAGAGAGAGAGAGAGAGAGAGAGAGAGAGAGAGAGAGAGAGAAACACACAGAGAUCAAAGUUACACCUGCUCAUCUGAAACAUGUCUGAACAGAGACAGAUUUCUGAUUUCAGUCAAAUGGAUGAAAAACCAGAGAGCAUGAAGGAGACCUUCAUCCCUCCUGAGUUCUCCACAAACCCAGCUCAGAUGAUGAACCUGGCUGUGUCAGGGAUUGUUGAAGAGCUGAUGAACUGUGAGGAUCUGUUCCAGGACAAAGACCUCACCUCCCAUCCCAGUUCUACUCCCAAAGAUAAGGAGAGCUCGUGCUCUCUGUCUCAGAGUUCCCUGGGCGAGGACCGCGUGUCCAUAACCACCUCUGUGUGGUCGUCUCCUGACUCAGACAUCUCUGAGAGGAUCUCACCUGAUGUCCAAUCAGAGGAGAGCAGGAGAGCGUCCUCCACCGACAUCAACAAGAUGUCGGAUUUCAGUCAAACUGACAAAGAGGCAGACGAGCUGAUGGAGUGUGACAAUCUUUUGGAAGAUGAAGCCAUGAACUUACAUCUCGAUUUGUCUUUCCUAAAUGAGGAGCGCUCUCACACUCUGUCUGGGGGUUCCCUCAGCUGGGACAGCAGGACCACAUGCAACUGGAGUGACAGACCUACCUCCUCUGCUUCCUCUUCCUCUGCCUACUCAGCCAUGUCAAAGGCGACUGAAGAGGAUGUUGGGACUAUGACAGGCAUCAAUGCUCCUGUUGAGGUACGAGAAGUCCAUCCAGAGGAGAUAGAAGAUAAAAUCCAAGCUCCAAACUCUGGCAGAUCAAGUCCCUCUGCACUUCAGGAGGAUACAAUCCCCUCACCUCAGAGCCAAACAAAGGCUGGAUCUGUGAUCCAGAUGCAGGUGAGAAGUUUUUCUCGAAGACCCUUGGAUGAUGACAGUAAAGAUUCAUCAAGCCAGGAGGAAGCAGAGGCAGGAGAGGUCAAACAAACAGAAGCAAGUGACUCUGCUCCUGCCAGCUCCAAGACCACCAUCUCCACCAGGGGGAGGUUCUUCAGAUGGCUGAAGAAGAACAAAAUCCAGCCUGUUGAUGUAAGCAUUAAAGAGAGCAUACAGAGCUCCAACUGUCCUCCAGAGACUUGCUCCUCUAUUGAAGAGGACACAAGAAAAGUCAGUGCUGAGACAAAGACGAAGAAGGGCAAUGGAUUCAUACGAUUCUUCAGAAGCAUCUUCUCAAAGAACGAGAAGAAGCUGAAGAAGAAAGAUAAGACGGAGAAUGGGAAGAAAAAGACGUCUGCAGAACGUCGUAUCACGCUGUCUCCAUUCAGCUGGUUUACAUCAGUGAGAUGAAUCACAUGAACCCACCCAUGAC